UCUUAUUUGAAUUACCUUUUGCAAAACAAAAGUAAAAAUGCUUAACUUUGCAGUAGUAGUUUUUGCUAUUUUGGCAGUUUCAGCAGCAGUAAAUUUCGAUUAUUUGGACAACGGAAUUGAAUACGACCUUCUUAGACCGAAUAUGAUCUCGGCAGUACCAUUUCCGUAUAAUGAAGGUUAUAUGACGAGGGGUGUAGGCAACAGGGUAGCAAACCUCGAGCCGAGCCCAACGUACGCUGCAGUAAUUGAACCUGAGGAGCCAAAAUCUGUAAUCGUUGCCACAAAAUUGGGUGUCGUGGCUACUGCUUUUUCGUUUGCUGUAUCUUGCAUAAAGAAAGCAAUAUUCUUCGGGUUCAAAAACUUGACCGGUCUCAUUUUGGGAUCCAUCGUAGCCCUUGGCAUCUGCAAGCUCACUCCACUCUGCGACAAGGGACAUACGCUCCUUGAGUUCCAGAGGGAAAUCCGUUCGCUUGCCACUCCUCAGAGGAUCGCGAGAGCAACAGAAAUCGUGGAAGAUGCGUUCAGAAAGUAUAGUGCUAUGCAGUGAAAAUAAUGA